UGUCCCGCUCCUGUGCUGCAAGCGCUCAGUGUCUGGAUCUAUGUUGUAGAUAGCUGGGCUAUAUGCCACACAUUAUUAGCCUAGAGGCUGCACAUUUUAAAAGUUAAAUAUCACGUUUUUUUUUGCCGAUCUUCUCCUUUUGGGCUUUUCCUUUUCUCCUCCACUUGGAUACUGCUGACUUGGGCAUUGGAUAUGUGCACACAGGAUGAUGACAACCCCUUUCCUCCCCGUAGAAGUAAAAUAAAAUAGGCUUUCGGACACACUGGAUUUGCUCCUGUCAUUCCAUAUGAAGAAGUCAAAAAGUUGGAUACACGUCUGUGUCCAUUUCCUGCUGUUCAUUACGCUUGGGGUGCAUUCAGAUAGACUUAACGUCAACCCAGUGACCAAUGACAUCGCUAAACUCUCCACUUUGAGACAAAAUAUUCCUAAAGAUUACCUAAUUCCUCUAGAGUACAUUCCUAAAGAAGAGGCUGGGAUGUGUUGGAUGAAAUUAAAUAUCUUCUAUUUGGAGGAAAGCUUAGUAAGGUUAUCAGAAAAGUUUGGAAACGUUUCAUCCAAUAAAGAGAACAUUAGCAUAUUCAUUCAGAUUCUCCAAGAACAAAGGGUCCAUAUGCAGGAUCUGAAUGACAUCAUGCUUGAUUUUGAGUGCCACUAUAGGGAAGAGAGGUUUGACACCAACCAAUACUUUGACUUCAUCGAAGAUUUACUCAGAGCUGCACAGAAUAAAGAAGAUGCACACGACUGUGAUGUUCCUCCCUGUCCCACCUCACCAUACCCACCAUUAAUAGACGAGUAUUCAGAAGAGUCCCCCACUACCAGCCCACCGUGUCCAAAUGACUGCAACACAAGUGAGCAACAAAGACUCCUGCCUGAGGUGGUGGAGAGAAGCCUUCUCUCCUUACUCUUCAUUCCACUUUUAGCCAUCGUGUUCUUGCUUGUAUGGAAGGUCAGAUCACGGAGGAACCAGGACGAUGUUCAACAGAAUCCUGCAGAAGAAGGACUCACAGGAACAGAAGGGACUGCACCUCCACUAGAUACUGAAAUAUCAGAAAAGAACAUGCUGAACGUCAUUGAAAUAGUGUAAGGCUUCUGCAUUUGGUGUUCUUCGGUGUAUUUGGGUUCUACCCUUUUCUUCUGUUGGUGUCUAAGGGUGAAAAGAAAACACGAAGCUGAAUUCCAUUGUGAGACCGUAGAGGCGAAAGGCCUGUUCAUGACUGCUCUCCAGAUUCACGAUGGCAUAUUACAUCACCGAGACUGUUCUGGUUUAAUCACACACUUAUAUCAUGCGGAUAAGCUUGCCUUUCUUCUAGGACUGCAUGCUUUUGAGAAAAAAAAGUGAGAUAUUUGCUGUUAUAAACUCCUGUUCCACACUCAUCCUGGGACUCUAUGACUCCGACUAAUCAUUCAUCAGAAUCUGCUGGAUCGACAGAUCUUUGGGGGAAAGCUAUGUCUUUUUACCAGCGUGUCAUUCAGUCUUGGCUGUGUUUUUGGGCCUGCCGCUUCAUUUUCAAGGAACAUACCACAAGGUGACCAGUGUUAUGCUGGUUAUGUCUUGUAUGAACUUAAGCCUGAAUUACUACCUCCGGUGACCCUCAUGUUAACCACACCUUCAGCAGCUCCACAGUUUCCUCUGCCUCCAAGGUUUCCUUAAGAUUAAUAAUGUUAAUCUUUGUUGUUCCAAGAUGUAGUCACAUUAUCUGCUUUAAGUACAGUAUGUACCCAUGGGGAUAUAUGAUGUAUUUAUUUAUUGGUGGCAGCACUCAGUGGCUGCUGUUCAUGCAACUAUAAUGUCUGAAAUUAAGUCAUUUAACAGCACCAUUACUAAAGGGCCACACAUUUAAAAAAAAAAAAAAAAAAAAAGAAGAAAAAAAGGUUCUGUAUACUAACACAUCGCAAACCCCAAAACAUAUUCCUCCUAAACAAGUGUCAUUUUCUUAUUGGUGUUGUUGUUGUUGUGCGUAUAUGUAAUUCGGGUGAUUUAGAAUGUGUGAGAACACAUGUAUACAGAAUAUGCUGCUUUGACUAACUUAGAUCUAGACUGUUAAAAUCUGCAAUGACAUUCUGCUAACAAGUAUCAGGGAUGACGUCUGUGGAUUCAUAUUUUUUUUAUUUUAUUUUAUUUUAUUUAAAGGUGAGUUUUUCAGAACAUAGAAGACAGGCACAUAUAAGACAGCAAUCGGCUUCCCUUAGCAAAUGUUUUAGUUCGACAAUGCCUUUAUUUUUUACUUUACACACAUCUAUGUUUGCAAGGCAAAAACUGUUACAUAAGAGAUUUCUUGAUGGCCAUUCCUCAAAGGAAAAAACACUAAAUUGUUUGAGACAGAAACAGAAAUAUUCAACAAAGACCUUAGCAUUUAGAUUUUUAUGAUAAACUAUCUUUCUUUUAAACUGUUUGUUCAAAAACCAAAUGUAAUCGUAAAUCAGGCUCAUCAAGUGUAGACUGUUCACUCAUAAGGUUUCGUCUGUUCUUGCUUACUUUGCCUUUCAAUACUGCCAGAAUUAGUGUUGCACAGGAAAAGCACUCGUAGAAAAUCUGAUGAAAUAGUAAGUGCAUUUAUCAAAAUUAAAAUGCUAAUAAAGGUCAACAGAUGAUAUGAGUUUUUAAAAAUUGACAAAAAUGCCCCUUACCUUUAUAAUCCACAAAGUUCUCCACAUAUUGAAUUUUUUGCCUUAAAGUUGCGCCAACUUAUCACAGUAUUGAGGAAACGGGCAGCAGGGUUAAACUAUUUAAAAAGGAAACUAAUCUUCACAGCCUUGCCCAAAGACAAAGUAGGGAAUCCAAUAAAUUAUGAUGGGUUGUAGUCAAGUAAUUAUGAAUAUUUUUAAUGACAAUCAAUAAAGAGGUAGCAGUUUGAUUAGGACACACUGACUGUGACCUUUCCCAUCAGACACAUACCUGACAAUGACAUAACUGGCAGGACACAAACAUCAGUAUCUAUAUCUAGUUUGAGUGUUUCUCUUACAUAUGUGGUCUUACAUUGUACCAUGUCCAUUCAUGUUUUUGUGCCUUGUUUGGUUGGUGUGAGUGACUCGUGUGGAAAUGUAAAAGCCCUUCCAUGUUUCCGUGUUUUAGCAGAGUGGCGAGAUCAUUACAGGGCAGACAAAAAUAACAGACAGGAGGUUCCAGUCUCUCUUCUUCUUUUAUUUUUAACUGAGAGUUAAGUUCGUUUGACUUGUGCCCAGUAAAGAUUUGGAUCUAGUAAAGCAGUGUUUCAGAAUGUGAAAACUAAAAUGGCUGAACAAACUGCAGUGGUUUUAACUUUUCUGUCCACGUUACAUUUUCUCCUUUAUAUCCUAUAGGAAACUUUUAAUCUGGUAACUGCUUGUUUCCUGUGUAUUUGGGACUAUAUGUUGGGAAUUUUUUCAUAUAGGAGUAAAGAGUAUAUUGUGCAAAAUUAAAUAUAUGUUUUGUUUUGCUUUUUUUGUUUUUGUUUUUUUAUGUAUACCACAUUGGUGUUCAUAUAGUUCAGAUCAACUUUACCUUUCAGCAUCAAUAGCUGGAAUUUUUUCGUGUGGUAUUGUUUUUAGUGUUGAACUGCAAGAAAAUGUUCAAAAAUGCAUUUUUGAGGAACGCUUUUGAUCAUGACAAAUUUCCUGUGACAUGUUCUUUAUGGCGAGCCGAGUCUGUGUUAGGAAAAAGUAUAACACUUUGGUGUCCGUGUAGUCUACACCAACAGUACUUUUAGAGGAAAUAUCUAAACGUGCGGUAUGACAAAGUAUUGCAAUUUCAAAGUUUUCAGUCAGUUGCUUCCUUUCAAGGAUGCAUUUUUGAACCGUAUUGAAGUAUAAUAUCUAUGGCAGUUAAGACCUGAGACUUUCUCUACAGUUACCUUUAGGUUGUGCUUCUCCACAUGAAGACUAUUACACGCAGUUUCCAAUAUUCUGACAGAGAUACGGGCUUCUCUAGCCACAAAUGAGCAAACAAGGUAUACUAUGUCAAAAGUUGCUUUUAUACAUGGUCUUUGAAUAUAAUGAGCUGCAACAGGUCUAAGCUGUGAACAAAAAAAUAGAAAAAAAAAACAUGGUCUCCCAUUUUCCUGUCUAUGCACGAGCCAGAAGCAGCAGUAUGUCUAAUGCGGGGAAGCCAGAAAGUAAGCAAUUUCUUGCAUUAGUCAAGAGAAUGACUGCCCUUUAAUACUGUUCCUAUGUGAGUCGUAAUGUGUUCUGAUGCAUCCUGAACAGUGCUUUUGAGUGUGCGAGUCAUUCAGUCCAUCUAUCUUCAGUGAGUGAGUCAAAUGGCUCUAGGCAGGAAAUAAGUCUGGGUGCCAAAAAGCAAAUGUUAUUAAUGCCUGGUUGGUAUUCUGGGUGAAAACUCUACUGUAUUCUGUAUUUUUGUAUAAUUGUAAACAAACAUAUAUGAAAUAUGAAUAAAGUACAUGUACCCAGCUGUU